AUGGUAGCAGUAUCAAAAGCUUCGCGGUCAAAGCCCGCGAAGCGUGUGAAGUCUGGAACGGAGACGACCAAACAACAUCGAUUCGAGCCGUUUUCGCAGCGUGUAACGAGGUUAAAGAUCGAUCCUAUCCACCGAGUACGGCGACCCAGCUUUGGAGAAGAAGGAGAUGAAACGUCAUCUCAUUUUCGAUCGGCGUUCGACCACUGGGCCGAGUUGAAUUUGUCGGAAAACUUUGUCGCAUUUUCCCGUCGAGUGAACCCGCUAUGCGAGAGUCUGGCGCAGAUUCUUUACUACGAAGAGAAGAUAUUCAACUUACUGGUGGAAUACAUUGAUAAGCGGGAUAGUCUCUCAAUAGAGCCUCUCUUGAGUCUGCUCUCUCAGUUUGCUCGAGACUUGGGUGUGCGGUUUGAGAAGUAUUUUGCUACUUCGGUAACUUUGGUCGCAUCCGUCGCGGCCACCCAUCCCGAUGUUGAGGUGGUUGAAUGGAGCUUCACUUGCCUGGCAUGGACUUUCAAAUUUCUCUCCCGGCUUUUGGUUCCGGACCUGCGGCAACUGCUCGGUAUUAUGACUCCAUACCUUGGAAAAGAACGACAAAAACCUUUUGUUGCUCGAUUUGCUGCGGAGUCUAUGUCAUUCCUGAUUCGGAAGGCGGGAUUGGUCUACUAUAAAAACCCCGAGCCUCUUCAGCUGGCGAUAUCAUUCUUGUUCGACGACUUGCGGCAGGCCGGAUUCGACUCGAAAAAUGUAGAACUGUACCAAUCGGGCCUUAUGGCGAUGUUCUCCGACUCGAUAAAGGGAAUAAACAACGGGCUACAUUCGAACGGAACGGAUAUUUUCCAAUGUCUUCUAAAGUCGAUAUGCACAGAUGAUAGCCUCCGGAGCAGCCUUGCACUUCAAGUCGUCAACGGGGUGUUGAUCAAUGUCAUUCAUAGUACGACUGCUGAAACAUUUGAACCCAUUAUUGACUUGAUAAUCUCCUAUAUCCAGUCGAACUGUCGAAAUGAUAGCAGCCAUUUCCCUAUUGCAUGCUGUCGGUUGGCCUUUCUCUGUGUUGUUACUCGCAAAGGAACCCGAGUGAAGAACUGGAAACCUGUACUCGAGAGCUUACUAUCUUUGCUCCAGGCUGCUGAGAAUGCACCUGGUUCGUAUACUGAUUCUAUACCACAACUGCUUGCUGCAGUUUCAUACGCCCUUCAGGUAUCGCCAAUGGACGAAAUGCUACCAUUAAUGCGCCCGAUCAUGGAGGCUGUAACGGCCGAGCGAUUGUCGACCUAUUUUCUGUCAUUCUGCGCUAAUUUCUCCGAAUGGGGUGCCGAAAGGUUCCACGGUGUUGUUCUGCCUUACUUUCAAAGAUUUGUAAAUAAUUCAUGGGAAGACCAUGAGUACGAUCUCUGCUUAUCCUUACUUCGCCUAAGUCGAACUGGAUGUAUCACGUCCGAAGUCUCAAAGCCUGGUUAUAUUGUUUGCCCGACCUCCUGGAAGUCCCGAAUCCGUGAUACAUUGCGCAAAUCUGAUUCAACUUCUUCAGGCGUGGCGCUCCUAAAUGCGUACACAAAGCUUCCUGAUGCCCUUUCGUUAUCAGCGGACCCUUCCCUUUUACCCGAUAUGGCGAACGUUUUGCAUGACAACUUGGUUUCAGUGUUGAGAAACCCGGAAGCUUCCCCCACGCCCAGGACUCACUUUUUCCUAGGACAAGGAUUCAAAACUUAUGUGAAUCUGGGUUCAACUUUAGGGAAACUUGAUACGAGCCUUUGGGAGCCGGUGAUCGCUGUUGCUGCGAAACACUCCCGGCUAUAUGCCUUUCUCGAGGCAGCAUUGGCAUACAUAUCUGCAUGCUCUGAAAAGGUCGACGUCAGCACAUCUGGCAUCGAAGAAUUUGCGAGUGCUUUAAUAGACAACCUGGCGGCACCCUCUCAACAGCUACGCCUAGCAUCUCUGAGGAUAUUACGUGGUUUGGUCACGGCCUCAGGCGAGGAUGCUUCGCUUAUCUCUACAGCCAUAGAGAUUGACGAGAGCGAGCUAACCCUUCAAAGCGCGCGUGUAUUGUCGAUGCAGGUUCGGAAACUUCCAUUAGCGUAUCCACAAGUUGUCUCGCGCAAGUGGAUGGUUAGAUUGCUCCCAACGUUUUGUUUUGGGCUGUUCUCAAAAAGGUUGGCGCCCUUGUGGGAUGAUUCUGCGUCUGCUUUGAAAUCCAUGAGCGAGCACGCCGAAGGAGAGAGAAUUAUCACGGAUCUGGCGACACAAUGGCUUCAAGAGAGGGGGUCAACCGCUCCGAGUGAAACGGAGGAUGACGAUGACGAAGACACCCAAGUGUCUGGAUAUUACCAAUGCUUUAACGCAGCUAAAGUUGAGAGGUUAUGUGCAUCCCAUUUUCAGACUUUCGAGCCAGUUUCGACUUUGAUACAAGAUUUUGAAAAAGACCACACAUUUUUAGAUGUGGUCCCGGCUGCUCCACGUACCCAGGCUCUUCGUGUAUUCAAUGCUAUUCCCAAUAUAGCAGAAAAACGCUCCCGCCAGAUCGUGCCACUGUUCCUUUCGUGGGCCCUGCAGGAUGAAGAUUCCACUGCGGAGGCUCAGGACCCGGAUCAAAAUUCAUACAUACCCUGGGGGUUUCACGACCGUUUGGCAUUUCUUAAACUUCUCGGACAAUUUAUCAACCCAUCUGUGCUCUACCGAGCUCCAGAAGUUCGCGAUGCGCUUAUGGGAUUACUUUGCCAUGGAAAUUCUGAAAUCCAAAAGUGUGCACUCAAGGCCGUAUUCACUUGGAAAACUGCGGGCGUUGUACCUUAUCGCGAAAAUCUUCUGAAUGUCUUGGACGAAUCGCGCUUUAACGAUGAACUAGCAGUGUUUGUUCGUGUUGGUAAAGAGGACAGCCUGAUUGAGGAGAAACACCGAGACGAUGUCGUUCCAAUCAUCCUUCGACUUCUCUACGGCCGGAUGAUUUCCAAGGCUAGUGCGAAUGCCGGCCAGGCAGGGCAGACUGGACGACGUAAAGCCAUUUUACGAACUUUAGCCCAGCUCCCCGAUCGUGAUUUUGACAUAUUCAUGCGAAUUGCCUUCGGUCCACUUGGCGACGUCCACCUGAUCAAGAACGAGAAGGUUGACGGUGAACCCUUCUUACACGAACUAGUCGGCCCAAGGAGACAGAUGGGCCUGCUAAAGUUGAUCGAAACCGUCUAUGAAACCCUCCAGACUCGCAUGUCUCCUUACGCGGAACAGUCUAUGGAUGUUGUGCUGCACUGCCUUGUUCGAGCUUGCCGCACCUUGGCAAAAGAGCAACAAGCCGCCACUGUAGACUCCCAAGAGAGUAAAUUUGUUAACGUUUUGCGGAACAUUCGGCAAACAGGUAUUCGCUGCCUUGACCUUAUAUUUUCCGUCUCGCAAGAUCGAGACUGGUCUUCGCGCGUUCGCAUUAUCUUCGACGAAGUCAUAAACCCCCGGGUGGAUAACUUCGCAGUGGAGACAGCUCAAGGUAUUUCAGGCCUGCUAAGGCUAUUCCACACCUGGGCGUCGGCUUCCAGGUCUUCAUUCUACCUUGCCCGGUUUAACAAUUCUCUUCUCACCAAAAUUGUGGACUGUCUCAGCGUCGAGUCAGCGCGUGACGAAGUUAAGAUAUUCGUCAUGGACGAAAUUCUGACUCCACUGGUUGACCUUUCCGCCGGCAAAGAGCUCGAAGAGGAUGAGCAGAUGGGUGAUUUCUCGGCCGAUGAGAUUCGCUCGGAAGUCCUAUCUCCUCAUACUGAGCAUACCCUUUCCCACCUCGGUCGUCUUUUGAAGCGCGGCCCGUCCAAACCGGUGCUAGUUUCUGGCGUCCAUACUCUCUCACGCCUAGCUCCUUGUGUCGAGUCGUCGAAGGAGACGUCGAGUUUGAUCAACAUAUUGACGUACCUUCUCCGCCAGCCCUCUGAUAGAGUCUCGCCAAAGACAAAGUCGGACCUUCUCCGCAGCUUGGAGCACUUCUUGCCCCUCUAUAAUACACAUGAAGAUGAGGAUCUGUCUCGAGAGGUAUUUGAAGCUGUUUGUUCCAUGUUUGACUACUUCAGGGACGACAAGAACCGGGAAGUGUUGUCACGGGUUUUCACUGCUUUCGCGAACCAUGUGCCCGAGCUGUCCCAAGUAGCUUCACUCUGCGAAGAUUUGAACUCCAUAUCUGUCAAGAGACUCGGAGUGGACUAUGAGCGACGGCUACAUGCUUUCAGAACUCUGAAUGAAGGCCUCUGGGACUCCCUGAAUGCUAAGCAAUGGCGCCCCUUGCUGUAUAAUAUGCUCUUCCACGUUAAGGAUGAGGAGGAGAUGGCGGUACGAUCUAGCGCUUCGUUCGGUCUGAAACGUUUCAUAGAGCGAGUUUCUCAGGCCGGCACAGCUGAGCAGUCAUUCGAGCCACUUGUCAACGAGAUAUUGCUCCCUGCGUUGCAAGCUGGAAUGCGACAAAAGUCCGAGCUCAUUCGGACCGAGCUCUUGCAAGUGCUUGGCCAUUUGGUCAAGCUAAACCCGACGCACCCUGCUGUGCACGAUCUGCAUGUGCUUCUUGUUGGUGACGAUGAGGAGGCCUCGUUUUUCAACAACGUCCUCCACAUCCAGCAGCAUCGCCGUCUCCGUGCUCUUCGACGGCUGGCUAACGAAGCUGCCAAUGGUAAAAUCCAAGCGUCGAACAUUAGCACGAUUUUUAUUCCGCUGAACGAACAUUUCGUGUUUGAUGAAGCUGCUGAUGAGAACGCUCACAAUCUCAUUGCGGAAGCCGUGUUGACCAUUGGCGUGCUGGCCGAAUGGCUGGAUUGGAAUCAGUUCAGAGCCAUCUUCAGAAGAUAUCGUAGCUAUAUGCAAAGCAAAUCCGCGAUCGAGAAGAGCGUGCUGAGGCUUUUGGGGAGGAUGUCUGAUGCCCUUACGAAUGCGAUGAGCCAAUUCAAGCCCACCAAACCCGAGAUGAAGAGCGACGAUACCGAUGCUGAUAUGGAUGUGUCACCGCCGUUGAAGUCCACACUUGCUCGAUCAAUACCCUCUGCAUCUAAAGUCGCAAAUGAGCUUACCACAGGCUUCAUCCCUGUGCUGACGAAUUUCAUUCAUCACAAGGAUGAGGCUCAAAUGAGCUUGCGUCUUCCAGCAGCGGUCACUACCAUCAAGCUCAUGAAGAUUUUACCUGAGCAGGAUAUGGCCAUUCGUCUGCCUCCGGUCCUCCUUGAUGUUUGCAGUAUCCUCAAAAGUAAAGCGCAGGAUUCCCGAGACACAGCCAGGAAAACACUUAAUGACAUUGCUCUCCUUCUGGGCCCUGGCUACAUGGGCUAUAUACUCAAGGAGCUACGGCACACUCUUAAACGUGGCUACCAGCUCCACGUCCUCUCAUUCACCGUUCAUUCUAUUCUUGUAGCCACAACCGACGAUUUCAAGCAAGGUGAUUUGGACUACUGCCUGGCAGAUCUCAGUUCCGUGGUCAUGGAUGACACUUUCGGUACUGUUGGCCAAGAAAAAGAAGCCGAGGACUAUGUCAGUAAGAUGAAGGAAGUCAAGAGCAACAAGAGCUACGACUCAAUGGAGCUUCUCGCCAAGAACUCGACCAUCCGGAAUCUCGCCAGUCUCCUUCAGCCGUUGCAGUCGCUCUUGCGAGAGAAGCUCAAUUCUAAUAUUGUGAGGAAGGCUGAUGAACUUUUGCGAAGAAUUGGUAUCGGUCUGCUCAGGAACCCAGAGGUCGAGAGCCGCGACCUUCUGGUAUUCUGUUACGAAGUCAUGAAGGAAGCCUACAAGGAGCCGACCCAAUCUGACACCCAAAUCGCCAAGUCUGCGCAGGAAGAGAACUUUUUGAUCAACAUGAAGGGCCAAAGACGGAAUGAAAAACGAGGGAGCACCUCUUCGUAUGUUUACAAGCUGGUCCGCUUCUCCUUCGACGUUCUUCGCUCUGUCCUCAGCAAAUACAACUCUCUCCUUACCCCCGCCAACAUGGCUGGCUACAUUCCUAUGGUUGGAGAUGCCCUUGUUCAGGGCCACGAGGAAGUCAAGAUUGCGGCAAUCCGAUUCCUUUCAGCCAUCGUCAAACUCCCCCUAGCGGAAAUUGAUACCAACGCCCCAGUUUACCUCACUGAAGCUGUCAAGCUGAUCAAGGAGGCACCGAGCACAAACUCUGAAGGUGCACAAGCGUCGCUCAAGUUAAUUUCUGCCCUGCUUCGGGAGCGGAAGGACGUGAAACUCAGAGAUGGACAUCUCGCCUACUUGCUUCAGCGGCUCACAGCUGAUAUUGAGGAGCCAGAUCGUCAGGGUGUCACGUUCAACUUCAUCCGUGCCGUUAUGACUCGAAAAUUUGUGGUGACUGAGAUGUACGAGCUUGUUGACAACAUUUCUAUGAUGAUGGUUACGAAUCAAACUCGAUCUGCGCGUGACUUGGCUCGUGGUGUGUACGUUCACUUCCUCAUUGAAUAUCCUCAGGCCAAAAAUCGCUGGACGAAACAACUUAGUUUCCUGGCCAAAAACCUUGAGUACAAGCAUCAAGAUGGCCGCCAGUCUGUCAUGGAGGCAAUCCAUAUGCUGCUCUCAAAGACGGGGCAAGAGUUAGCUCAGGACAUUGUGGGCACGUUCUUCCUCCCCAUCGUCAUUGCCAUGGCAAACGACGACGCUGCGGAGUGUAGAGAAAUGGCCGGUGCACUUCUAGGCGAGUUCUACAGAAGAGCAGACCGCGAGACAAUGAAAACCAUUAUCGAGCCUCUCAGGUCCUGGGUUGAACAGACCGAGAACCCGCUACUUGCCAGCACUGGAUUGCAGGCCGUUAGGAUUUACUUCGAAGUGGACGAGACCGACAAGGACAAGGAAGCAGGUUUUGUCGCCCAAACUCUUCCAACAAUCAUGCGACCUAUUAUCAAGGAUGCAGAAACGGACAACUGGCAGACACUGUAUUUCUCAUUGCAGCUCUAUUCCAAGCUUGCCAAAGCAGUCCCCUCAGUUGCACUUUCUAAGGAUUGUGCCAAGACCUGGUCCCUAAUCUGCGAAUGUCUGUUCUACCCUCAUGCCUGGGUGAAAACCUGCGCUGCCAAUCUUGUUGGAAUAUGGCUAGCAGACUUGGCCAAGUCGAAUGCCGCGACUGGAUAUGGCUCCCUGCCCUUGGUCGGUGCCACAGGUUUGGCCAUGAACAAGGAUACAAUGCUUCUAUUGCUUCGUGCCUGCCUCCGCUCUCUUCGCACUCCAGGUAUCAGUGAGGAAUUGGCCAUGCAAACGGUCCGCAACACUGUAUUCCUCGGCCGAUGCUGCGCGCAAAAUGGUCUCAACCUGAAUGAUAGUGAAGGGAACGAUGAUGAGGAGUCAGAUGCAAGUGAUAGUGACGAAGAUGAAGUUGCCGAUGGAGAGAAACAGGUCGGCCCCAAGACAAAAUCUACCGUGCGAUAUAUCUUUGAGCAGGCGUCUUCUAUUCUACGGAGAGAGGUAAUUAGCACCAAGGCGCCAUCCCUGAUUCCGAAGAACGCUUCUAUCGGCCUAAUCGCUGCUCUUUGCCGUCACCUGGAACCAGAACAAAUUCUUGAGUCACUACCUAUUAUACUCCUUCCUUUGCAACACUUGACCGACUCAUCGAUUCCGGCACCGCGUUCGUCCGAAGAGGCAUUCCGAGAAUCAUACAAAACGCUGGUUUCCAACUGUCAUGAGAUUCUCGACCUUUUGCAGAAGAAGCUCGGCACUACCGAGUACAUUAAUCAAAUGUCUCUUGUUCAAGAGGCUAUCAGGAAGAGACGUGAGGGUAGACGAGUCAAGAGGCGGAUUGAAGCAGUUACAGAGCCUGAGAAGUACGGACAAGAUAAGAAGAGGAAGAACGACCGCAAACGCGAGAAGAGAAAGGAGAAGGGAGCGGAACACCGAAGUAGAAGGCGAGGGUGGUAA